CAACUCAUCAUCGCUCAAAUCGAUCAUCUGUCUUGUUUCAUUCUUAAUUAAUUUCUCUAAAAAAUACUCUUAAAUUUCCAUUAAUCAAUCAGUUAAUUAAUAACACUAAUGGACACCUUAUUCUCGAUUUCCUCCCGCAACGGUGUCGUCGCCAUUGCAUAUUCCCUGUUGCUGACGUGGCUCGCACAGGCGCAGCAGCAGCAGCAGCUGUCUCCGACAUUCUACGACAGCAGGUGUCCGAAUGCAGUGAGCACUAUCCGUACAUCCAUCCGCCGCGCCAUCUCCGGCGAAAGGCGGAUGGCGGCGUCGCUCAUCCGCCUCCAUUUCCACGAUUGCUUCGUCCAGGGCUGCGACGCCUCCAUCUUGCUCGACGAGACCCCCACCAUCCAGUCGGAGAAGACCGCCUUCCCCAACCUCAACUCCGCCAGAGGCUUCGAGAUUAUCGAGGCCGCCAAGAGGGACGUCGAAACCAUCUGCCCGGGAGUCGUUUCUUGCGCCGAUAUACUCACCCUCGCUGCCCGCGACGCCUCCGUCAUGGUCGGAGGGCCGUCGUGGACGGUGGCGCUCGGAAGAACGGACUCCGCCACCGCCAGCCGUUCUCAGGCCAACACUGAUCUCCCCAGCCCUUUCGACCCCCUCGAUGCCCUAAUUCUUGCAUUUGACAGAAAGGGUUUUACUGUCCGCGACAUGGUUGCUUUAUCUGGUGCACAUACACUAGGGCAGUCCCAGUGCUUCCUGUUCCGGUCGAGAAUAUACAGCAACGCAACCGACAUCGACGGCGGGUUCGCCAGCACACGGCGGCGCGGCUGCCCUCAGAGCGGCGGCGACACCAAUCUGGCCCCGCUGGAUCUGGUCACCCCCAAUUCAUUCGACAACAAUUACUUCAGGAAUUUGGUGCAGAGAAAGGGUCUUCUUCAGUCCGACCAGGUGCUCUUCGGCGGAGGAGGAUCCACAGACGCCAUUGUAACAGAAUACAGCAGAAAUCCACGACUCUUCGCCGCCGAUUUCGCCGCCGCCAUGGUUAAAAUGAGUGAGAUUCCUCCCCAGCACCAGAACGGUAUCAUAAGAACAAUCUGCAGCGCCGUCAACUAAACCCCACCAUUAAUAUAUAUAUAUAUGUUUUAAUCAAACAUUCAUAUUCCCAAGUGUAGAUGCUGUUAUCUUUUUGUAAUUGUGUUAUUAAAUCUCCAUAUAUAGAUAUUCACAUUUAGA